AUGUAUAGAAAUCUGCUGAAAUUCAUUAAUACUAGAUCUCCAAUAAGAAGUUACACUACUAGAACGCCUUUCCUGUUUAUCCCCAAUGAAGAAAAAUAUCAAUUCGAAAGUGAAAAAUUAACACCACAACAAAAUAAAGCAGCCAUACCAAAAAGGCCAAGCUAUGAUCACUUACAGAAAUAUCACCAUGAAAUUUGUAGUCCGGAAAACGUUGCAGAUUUAAUUAUGAAACUUGAUUUCAAGGACAUUUUCUUGACGAGUUUGGCGAAAGAUUCACCUCUUUUAGGCGAUUCAACUUACAAGCUUGUCUUUAAAGACCCAUCGAAGACGUCUGAACCAAUCAUGUUACAAUUUACAGCUACAUCAUGCAAAUGGGCAGAAGUUUUUAAUGACCAGAUUCAUGAUCUAUCUAAUUUACCAGAACAAGAUUUAUCGUUGAACUAUGAAAAUAAAAAUCUUACGGAACAAAUAUCAAAAGGAUUGCAGAAUUACAAAGAAAUUACUGGAGAAAAUAACCUACUUAUAUCAGAUAACUUGAAAAAACUUUUUAAGUACCUAAGAGCGUUUGAAAAUAGUGAAAAGAAAGUUACAGGAGCUUCAACCCAGUCUGAACUUUCUCCAGUGAUUACUUUUGAAGCAGUCUCGUCAUAUUUAUUGAAUUCUGACGAAGUUAAACAAAAUGUCGAAAACUUUGAUAUAUUUCUAUCUUUCAUUGAAGAAAACAUACAACUCUUCACGCUUGAAAGCCUAAAACAAUUUCUUGUUUUACUCAUUAAUAAUUUGCAUGACUCAAAAUUGUCAACUAUACAAAUGAAACUCAAUUCCUUUACCAAAUUUAUGGAUAACACCAUAUUUCAAAUAUAUCCAACAAUCACCUCUGAGUUGAAUCCAAUAUAUUUAGAUAAAUUAUCUUAUUUAUAUACGAUGACAUCAAACAUCCCCAGGGCUAAUGAAAUAUUGUCUACAUUGGUUCAAAGUUAUAAGAUAUCUCCUUCUAAAGAAACUUUUAAUUCUUUCUUAGCAGGAUAUGAAAAAUUUUUGAGUAAUGAGAUACCAAAUGAGAACAUACGUAAGGAAAUCAUCUUAAGAGAUUUAUCAAACUUAAAGCCGGCAUUUUUUCAUGAAGGUUUAAGCAGCAUUUCAUUUAACAUAUUGCUAAAGAAUGCUGUUUCUAACAUGCAUGAUUUAGAGAAGUUUUUGAGGCUAGUAUUAUUGAACGCUAAAGGAAAAUAUUUAUUAUCAAAAUAUUCCCAAGAGGUUAUCAAAAAGAUACAAAGUAUUCAAACUAAGAAUGAUGACCCAGUCAAAUUAAAGUCAUUACAAUUAUCGCAACUAAUCAGAUUCUUGGUUACUGAUAAUGAUAUCAAAUUUGCAGACGCAACAUUAACUUUAUGUGAGGAAUUAUACUCCAAAUUGAACCACGGAUCUAAUAUGGAACAAAUCCAAGCUCUUAAAGUUUGA